GCCGGUACCAAUGUGGUCCAAUCCCAAUUGCCUUUCAAAUUCUUUAAUGUCUUUAUGUUUUUGUCUCUCUCCCUCAUACCUUGGAAAUUCAGCCAUUACUGCUUGUGUGUGUGUGUAUGUAUAUGUGUGUGAAUAUAUAUAGCAACGGAGCAUAGUGCAAGAGCAGUUCAAAGAUAAAAUCAGUCACCACAUAUAUCCUCUGAAGCAAUUACUCUCUCUAAACAUGGCAACUCAAUUCAUCAACCUCGCUCAAUUUCGCAAACCCGAAACCCUAAACGCCACUCAUAAGAUACUACACAAGAACAGCAAGCCCUUAUCCUUCAAAUCCGUACGUGGAAACACAGGUUCAACUACCCAUCACCAUGAUCAACAUAUCAUACAUCAUCAUCAUCAUCACCCCGAUCUAUCGGUCACAGAACAUCAUCCAUUCCCGCCGUCGGAAGAAGGGCAUCCGACAAAAGACAGGAAGAAGAAGGCAAAGAAGAGAAAGAGCAAAGGUGGUAAUAAGUACGGAGAAUGGGGAGGGGAAGUUGCUCGGAUAACCUUGUGGUGGUACAUGAAAUCUUCCAUAAGAUACAUACUUAUGAAGGCGAGAGCGUUUUACAACGAGUUUUCCUGUGAUGCCACCACUUACGACGAUGAAUCCAAGUUGGCAAUGCAUUUUGCCGGAGGGAAAGGCACCGCCAUGAUGGUCGUCGAUCCGUAUUUUGCUAUUCCUGUUCUGCCCCCCAACAUUUAAUCUUCCAAUUAGUUAUAAGCAAAAAAAAUUAAGUAAAUUAUAUAUAAUUAAUGUUGUCUCCCAUGUAAUUAAGAUCCAUGUGGCGUACGCACAUUAUCACGAAAUGACAUUAUGUAUAUGUAUGUAUUAAUAUAUGUGUGUGUAAAUGUUAUAUAAGAUCCAAAACCCAGAUGUAAUGGGCCUGUUUGUAUUUAAAACAAGCCCAAAUAUUUGAGCCCAUCGGCCUCUUUCACAUUCA